AUGGAUAACACUGAUGAAGAGCUACUAAAGUCAAUGCUCAAGAAGGAACAUCAAUAUGGAAGUUCCUCUAGGGAAAAGAGAAGAACAGUGAUAGAUCAAAGUCGUGAAGAAUGGCACAAUCAUUUAUUUAAUGACUACUUCUCGAAAAAUCCAGUAUAUAUAGAUGUUCAAUUUCGAAGAAGGUUCAGAAUGCAUAGGCAUGUGUUUCUUCGAAUUGUAGUCGUCCUUGGAAAUCAUGAUGAAUAUUUCCAAAUGAGGGUUGAUGCAACUGGUAAAAUGGGUCUUUCACCAUUGCAGAAAUGCACAUGUACUAUUCGUAUGUUGGCAUAUGGGUCUCCCGCUGAUAGUGUAGACGAAUAUGUUCGAAUCGGUGAAAGCACUUCAAUUGAAUGCUUAGAAAGAUUCGUUCGGGGUGUGAAUGUUCUUGUGUAUCUUGGGGAGCCGCCCGUUCAAUAUUCAGCCUUGGUUCUGCUAUCCUAUAUUGCAUUGCACGUGCCAGACAGUGAAGAACUUGCUCGAGUUGAGGUUCUUGGAGUUCUUGAAUGGGCAUCCAAGCAACUUAACGUGACUCAAGAUGAAACCGUCACGAUGUUAUUGCAGGAGUCCAAGAGUAGGCUGGAGCUUUACCAGUCUAGAGGUUCAAGAGGGUUCCAAAAAUUGCAUCAAUAG